UUGAGACUCCCCUUAAAAAUGCUGCUACAAGCCCAAUUUAUUCCACAUAAAAAAGGCGGGAGAUCAAAAAAUAAAAUCAAAAUCUCAAGGGCGAAAAAAUGGGCGACAAAAUCGCUACCAAUUUCGAUGCAAUUCAAAGUAGAAUUAGUGAGCCGAGAAGCUUGAAUUUGAGUUCUGUUGAUGUGAAUGAGGAAUUGGUGAAGCAAUGUGGCGAGGAGCUCGAGGGGAAAUUGGAUGAGAUUAUGGUUUGUUAUUCGGAUAUUAGCUCGUUAUCGGUCGAUGAUUUAGAUUCGUGCUUGGAGCAUUUGAAGGGGGAGCUUAGCACAGUGGAAGCUGAAAAUAGUAGUAUCUCAACUGAAAUUGAGGACCUGAAGAGGACAUAUUUGGAAGAUUCUUGCCAGUUGGAAAGUGAUCUUGAAGUGUUGGAAUAUUCUGGUCUUGAACAAGCUAAAGCUGGUGCUAAUCUUGAUUGUGAAGCAAAUGAAAAUCAGAUGAGUUUGUUGUGUGCAGAUGAUAGCAGCCAAUUCAAGAUUUUAGAGCUUAGCAAUCAGAUUGAGAAGAACAAAAGCAUUUUGAAGUCAUUAGAGGACCUUGACAGUGUUUUAAACCGGUUUGAUGCUGUCGAAAAGAUUGAGGAUGCUUUGACGGGUCUAAAAGUGAUUGAAAUCAACAAAAAUAGCAUAAAGUUAUCUUUGACGACAUACGCUCCUUACCUAGAAAACUUGUUCUCUCAACUAAAAAUAGAAGACGUAAUUCAUCCAUAUGAACAAACAUACGAAUUAUUAGUGGAACUUGUGGAUGGGACCAUGGAGCUAAAGAAUGCUGAGAUAUUUCCAUCUGAUGUGUACAUAAAUGAAACUGUUGAUGCUGCAAAGUCACUCAGGAAAGUCUUUUCCCCUCUGCCUUUGCUAGAGACAAGGUCUCCUUUGGAGUGGUUUAUUAGAAAAGUGCAGGAAAGAAUUGUACUGAGCAUACUAAGGCGAAUUGUGGUGAAAUCUGCAAAUAAAUCAAGGCACUCUAUUGAGUAUAUAGAAAGAGAUGAUUCAAUAGUAGCUCAUAUGGUUGGUGGAGUUGAUGCUUUCAUAAAAGUAUCUCAUAGCUGGCCACUACAAGGUUCUCCACUGAAGCUAAUAUCGCUCAAGAACUCAAGUCCACAUUCAAAGGAAAUAUCAUUGAGCUUCCUCUGCAAAGUUGAGGAGGCAGCAAACUCUUUGGACAAAGAGAUACAGCAUAGUAUAUCGACGUUCGUAGAUGCCAUCGAGGAAAUUCUUGUGCAACGCAUGCGUGCAGAACUACAUUCGCUUGACAACACAACUGUGAAUUAGUUUUGUACGGACAAAUAACUUGAGCAAAUUUAUCAGUCAUAUGUUAAGGUAGGAGUGAUGUUGGCAGAAUACUUGAAGUUCAAGAAGUGAAAACAAAUUGUUUUAAUAAUGCAUGUCCAUUUCCCUUCUUUAUAAAGACAAUCUUGUUGGUAAAGCAAAUGUAAAUUCAUUAAAAAUGGAUCUGAUUAUUCAGGAGUGUCGUACAUACACUGCACAUAUCCCAAAUUUCAAG